AGCUCUCAUCCAAGUGCCAUCGAUCGGUUAUGUGGCGCUGGCGUUUGACAGGAGCAGCGCGGGGCGCGAGCCAUGGCCGCCGCGGUGGACAGCGGCGCCGCUUCGUUCGGGAGUCAUGGCGAGCUCGCCCAGGACCGGCCAGUGGGAGCACAGGCGGCCGGCUCCUGAAAGGUGCCGGCUGCGGCCGCAUCUGGCCGCAUGGACGACGCCGAGGCAGCCGAGGCCGCCGAGCAGCAGCCUUCGCUGCAGGAGCGCGCUCUGGGCGGCUUCUGCAGUCGCUUCUGCCGGGGCCUCUACCUACUCUUCAUGCUGGCGCUGUUCGGUGCUGCCGUUGCCGUGCUCGUGCUCUGGACGCCGCCUACACCGACGCAGGUCUUCCUGGGCGCCGUGCUGUUCGCCCUGGGCGGCUGUUGCGGCCUGGUAUUCGUCAGCUGGGACAGCGUGGUGCGCUCGACGCGCCUCGGUUGCUGUUGCAUCUAUGCGACGUCCGUUGUGUUCUGCGCCGGCCUGCUGGGCGCCGGCGCCCUGCUGGCCGAGCGCACGCCGCGCUACAUGCGCGAGGACGGCCUCAUUCUUCUCGGCCUCGGCCUGCUCGGCCUGCUGUUCGUGGCGCUGUACGCACUGGCCGGUCGCCGCGCCGCUGAGCGCUCGCGUCAAGAAAGCGGAUCCUUCCUGGGGCAACUGACGUCGCGCUCGCGGCUCGGUUCUAGCUCGGCGGCCGUCGAGCUGUGCAAGUCACUGUUCACAGAAAACCGAGCAUUUUCGCCUCAGCGCCUGCAAGAGGAUGAGGCCAGCUCCAAUAAAGUGGUGAUGCUGUGCGUCCUCCGCUCUGACGCUGGCGGUGCCAAGACGGUCGCCUUCGUGGACGCAGAGGAAGGAUCCCCAGCUGCACAAGGCUCGGAAAAUUUGCCAGAUGCUGAGCCAUUGCCGGAUGCCGAGUCUCUGGCAAGCGCCGAGUCUCCGGCAGCCACUGAGACGUUGCCAAGCGCCGAGUCCGCAACACACGAGUCGUCCGACCCGUCGGCGGUCUAAAGCGUCAUUCACAGAGACGGUUGCGGAAUCGAGUUUCAAGGUGGAGGCCUACGCAGGCGAUGCACAUAGCUGCAACGGAGAGUAGUGUUCCUCGUCAAUGAGUGCCUUGCUUCAACGAAAUGGCGAACCUGAUGAGGUAGCGAGAGCACUUAUUAGCAGGUUCAACGUUUCCGUCACCAACUUCAUUAGAUAAGCUCUCACUCUAGUUCUCAGAAGCAGCAGCCUUGGAGAACCGAAUUCUCGAUGCGUAUACUGCCUGAGUUUAUUACCUUUGAGGCACUUUACCUCAUCGUAAUGUCUCUGCCGUGUCCGCAAACGCCAUUGUGAAUGAAGCUGCUGUCGCUGCCAGUACAAAAAGGCCAAAAAGGUUAGCUUGCUCGGCUAUUGAAGGCCCGGUUCCACUGUCGGAGCUCAUCUUAAAAGUAAGAAUUUACGAACUGCGUGCACGUAGCCGCACACGAGCCACAGCAGAACUAGGCCUCGAGAAGUGUGGAACAUGGUGAGUUUAGCCACUACCCGUCCAGCUAUAAUGCGAUCAGAGGUUAUUGAGUGCCUGCCAAACCUGCGGCUAACCUUAAGUCAUUGUUGAGUGGCACUUGUGCGACGGGUUAUCAAUGAUUCCAGUGGUCUAACUUGUACACGCUGAACUUGUACGCUCCUGCGUCUAGCAGUGGGCAUUGGUGGAGCCUCUGAGUGGGGUAUAGUAUGCAGGUGUGAGUGCGAAGCAAGAAAUUGGUUUGAGCGUUCGCUGUUAGAGCGAAAUCUUGACACAUUAUGACUAUUGGAAUUUGCCAUUAAAGGCACGUCCCCCCGUGAGAUUGUAGUACAAAGGCAGAUUUUACAUCUUCUCGUAGCCACGUGUCCGCGCAGAUAGAUCGUUGCUUGGGAGAAACCAUUUCUGUGUUUCUUUCGCGACGCGCCUCUCUAGGCUAAUAAACUGGAAAACGAAGGCUCAUGUACAAGAUCAAAAGACGAUAGUUGUGUAAUGGCCGAUGCGGGCGCAUUCUUUGUAUCCUGAUAGGCCAAAACUCGACGUUUAACGCAAGUCUUGGUGCUCUUCAAGCUUUACCACAGUAUGCCAGGUUUUUGUAGUUAUAUACCGACUUUUCUGUUGUUCAUAGAUUCGAGCUCGACAACGUUCUAGUAAGGGCAAUUCCCCGGACGAGCCUUAGACGGAAUAUAACGUUUUAGCGCUAGUGAUCUUUGACUCUAAUACGCACUGUACAAUCCGGGAAAAUCAAAAUGCGAAGGUGAAGGAGCACGUUAACGUUCAAUUUUCCUUGCUUCAAAAUCUUGCUCCUCUGACAGGCUCGCAUACUCUGCAAACGCUUCCGAACAAGACACAUUUGCUCAAAGUAACUGCCAUAUCGCUUCCAACUUAAAGGCAUGUAGUACGUACCACUCCACACCUCCUUACCCGUUCGUCCAUGGCACACUGAGCAUCUGACCGCCUAAAGAAGGCGCAGCUUUGCCCUACCACUAGCACUGCCGCACUGAUAUCGCGCUUACAUUACCGUGAAGAUCAAAGAAAGACGCCUUCGCCAGCAGAAUUUGCAGGAUUAAGUGAGUGCAUAAAUUGCGUCAUCCGCUCUGGUAUGGAACUGGGAACGUUUUUCUUGCG